CCUCCAGCGGAGAGUGGCGGUAGCACAACGUUUUCAGAAACCUCCUUUUCAGUUUACUGUGGUAUGGCAUUGGGCAGAAUGGAGACCAAACCAGUAAUAACCUUUCUCAAAACCCUCCUCAUCGUUUACUCCUUCGUAUUUUGGGUAAGUUAACGUUACCCUCGGUUUAUUCAUGCCCCAUUAUAAGCCUUGGGGAGAUAGUUGUCGUCGUAGAUGCAGACAUAUGAGGCGUACUCGUAUAGAAAAUAAGUGCAUGCCAACGUGCCCUCUAUGACGAAAGGGGUAGCCUACCGUGAUUUUUCUAUAUGGAUGGUGAAUUUAGUUAAUUCGAGGGUUGGCUUUUGUCUUUAUAGGACUUCUUGCUACCGUACAUUUAAUGUUAUAAAUGUGGUUCAGCUGUGCCUUUAUGAUGAUGACUUCUUAUCGGGGCAAUGUUUACAACCACACGCUUGGAGAAAUGCGACAUCCUCAGUUUAUUGCGCACGUUGUCACCGACUCCAGCUCUGUAUUUGCUCUGUAUUUCGAAGUUGCCAGUAUGACCGCAAUACAUAUGCAUGGCAUAUGCGUAGAAUAUAGAGCGCAGCAGCAUCUCUGUAGUGACAGAGACAGGCAGAGGUUAUCAGUCGAGGCUGUUGAUGCAGGCAAAUCAGCAGCCACUCUUGUAACGGUUUCUGUCUGGUCCAUCAUUUGGUGCGUAGCAGCAUGGAAGUCCUCCCGUCAAUGCAAAGGCUACAGUAUGCAUAGUCAUUGGUUAUUAUACCGGCAUACAAUGUUUUGUCAUUGAUUUAGACUAACCAUACUGUAUAUGUGGCACUAUAUAGCCCCGACAUGGAUGUGCACCUGACUUUGUGUUUUGUAAACAUAGCCUACAGCACAUUUGAAAUGAUUUGUCUGCAUCCUGUUAAGUUGUUUGUUUUGACCAUAGAGGUCCUACUAAAUUAAUAGAGGGGCUAUGUCAUAAACCCUCAAAGAUUCAGAAUGGUAUGAUAAUGGCAGCCAUUUUGGUCAGGGAUAAAUCCAAACCAGUCUAAUCGGAAUGAAUGGCAGUAUAGGCAUAGGUCAGGGGUAUUCAACUCUUACCCUACGAGGUCCGGAGGCUGGUUGUUUUCUGUUCUACCUGAUAAUUAAUUGCACCCACCUAGUGUCCCAGGUCUAAAUCAUUCCCUGAUUAUCCCUGAUUAGAGGGGAACAAUUAAAAAAUGCAGUGGAACUGGCAUCGAGGUCCAGAGUUGAGGUAAUGCUUUUACUUAUGCAGGAAAAUAAAAGUAAUGCAUGUGAUAUAUCAGAAAUUGUGUAAUAGAAAUACUGUCACUGCAAAAUAUUGUCAUAUAAUAAUAAAUACAGUUUAUACUGGUUUUAUAAAAAAGAAAAUCUGUAUAAAUAGCCUUUAAAUUAUAUGUAAACUAAACAGACCAUAAAUGUCUAAAUUGUUUUGUUUUCUUGCAAAGCUGGGAGUGUUAUUAUAUGAUACAAUAUCAGUACCUGUUGCAUUUACAACUUGUCUAAGUCCUAUCAUCAAUGGAUUUCAGUCAGUGUAUGGCUGUGGAUUGACUGCAUUGUUUUUAUGGCAUGUUGGCGUAUUGGCAGUUAAUAUGAAAAAUGAGUGGAAUCAUUCCACUAAACUGGCUGGCUAGCUAGCUAACAAACAUACAGUGCAGUUUUAUUAUUCAAAUUCAUUAUCAUUAUCAUUCUUAUCACAGCACUGGCAAACCAUGGUUGACCAACUCCCUGACCAAAAUGUCUGACCUUUAUCACAUUAUAAGAAGGUUAAUCUCCAUUCUAGUAUUCUAAUUUCAAAAUUCUAUGGUCUUGACUGACUCACUCUUAUAAUUUUGUCAUAUGUCUCCUGAGACUAUCAUUGUCAUACCAUAGCAUGUAUUUAUUGAGCCAACUCAUCUGUCUAUUAGGCUACAUGAGAAACAGUAGCCUACAGAUGGGCAUGAAGUUGGAGGGGUAACUGGGUAACACAUAAGCAAUCCCUCUACAGUCAAACUAAAAGUAAACAAACUCACAGUGUGUAUUUGCAGCUCUUAUCCUGAGAGAUAUCUUUGUUAGACAAGGAUGGAGGGAUGCUCCUUCUACAACUUCAGGGGAGAAAGUUGGGAUGGGCUGAGGUCAGAGGGGUGGGUGUUGGUGUUGGUUUGGAAUUCUUCAGAUAGUUUGGUUCCUGAUCAGACCCUACACCCAAACGAGGGCACUACGUUCAUCCACCUCUGGCCUGCUAGCCCCCCUACCUCUACGGAAGCACAGUUCCCACUCAGCCCAGUCAAAGCUAUUCGCUGCUCUGGCACCCCAAUGGUGGAACAAGCUCCGCCAGGACAGCGGAGUCACUGACCACCUUCCGGAGACACUUGAAACCCUACCUCUUGAAGGAAUACCUGGAAUAGUAUAAAAGUAAUCCUUCUACCCUCCCCCCAUAAAAAAAAUUAAUAAAAAAAAAAAAAAAAAAGUGGUUGUCCCACUGGCUAUCAUAAGUUGAAUGCACCAAUUUGUAAGUCGCUCUGGAUAAGAGCGUAUGCUAAAUGACGGAAAUUUAAAAAUGUUCCUGAGUUUCACUGUCGUCAGCUUGUCAUGAUAGCUAAUGUCUUCCGGCGAGUGCUUCAGACUCUAGUUCACACAGUGCGGUCUCCAGUAGUGCAGGUGGCAGACUUGAGGUAUGUCAGACACUGGCAUGUAUUAAUGUUCCUGUUAAAAAUAGACCCCACAGAGGAGACUGGUGGGAGGAGCUAUAUGAGGACGGGCUCAUUGUAAUGGCUGGAAUGGAAUAAAUGGAACGUAGUCAAACCCAGUGGGCCAUGUUUUCCCUUUUGGUGACUGGGGGGAAAGGGGUCGUCCGGGUUGUCAUGGCUGCUGGUUUCUGAGUAAUCUCUCAGAUUGCAUUGGAAUUUAUUAGUUAGAUGUUGCCAAUGUUUUCUUCAUGGCCCUAAUGGUUCAGAUUGUUAGUGUAAUUUGAUCCUAGAUCUAGGACUAAGGGCAACCUCUACAUUGGUCGAUUGCAUCACAACAACAACAUCAUCACUUCCUCCAACCCUCCUCCAGCCCUAGCCUGGGUUCUGUUUUCAACAUAUGACAUCAGCUAUAUUGCAUGCAGACAAACACACUGUCUAGUCUAUCUUCUGGCCUGACUAUCAAUGCAAUAGAUGGAAGGAUGUUUAUAAUACAAAGACAAGAUAGAUAGAUUGAUAGACAUUGAUCAAUCAGUAGAGGGACAAGUAUAUUGAUGCAACGACAAAGAAAACAUAACAUAAUGGCAACAAUUAAAAACACCAUUUAAAAGUACUUCUGCAAACACACUCCUUAACAUGCAGAACUCACCUCUCAGGGCCAUUGGACAAGGGCAUACAUACGACCCCCUGUUGUCACGUCACAGCAGAACAGCUGACAUGAACAUGUGACUAUUAGUGUGGGCAAUCGGUUUGUGCAGUUGUCUUGGUAGGCUAUACGUAGUGUGUGUGUGCGUGCGUGUGCCCCCACUUAUAACUCAUGAUUAAGAUAUUAUAAUUUAUCACAAAGUUCCAAAAACUUCUGAAAAAAACUAAAAUGUUCUUGAAUGCCUUGCGAAAAAUGGUAUUUACAUGAUAGUUAGCCUACCUGUUUUUUGUUUAUAGAAACAAGCAAGCGAUUCUUGUUAAAUAAGAUAUAAGGUGAAUAUACGCCAGGGUUGUGGGUUCGAUUCCCACAGGGGACCAGUAUGAAAAAAUGGCAUUGGGCACUAACUGUAAGUCACUCUGGAUAAGAGUGUCUGCUAAAUUACUAAGAUGUAAAUGUAAAUAUCAGCGAUAAUAGAACAGUCGAAUAAACCAUUAUCAAGGCAGUGUUCUUAUAAUGAUGCCAGAUAGUUCAGUCUAUCCUGAAUGGUCAUUAAGUAAAAGCCCACACACAGGCCACGAGGUGAAGCCUAAUUGAUUGUCUGCUAAGUUCUCUACGCACAUUGAAACCGCAAGAUGUCCAACAGUGAUGAAUGUAGGAGCAUUGCCAUUAUACUGUGUACAUUAUGUAAUACCAGCUAUACAGUACAGAGAGGGAUCUGAGCUUGAAUCAUUAAUGCAGUGUUUGUGUUUCCACUCAUUACUAAACCGAGCCCUCUGGACUGUGUUGGCGUCAUUACUUACGAAUGGUUGAGAAAUAAACAUAUUCAGAGAUAAUAUAGAGAAAUGUUAUUGAUUUAGGUCUGUGGUGGUGCUUUGUUAAAAAGUAAAGUUGUAUAAUUUCGUGGUUUGUAGUGCCUCAGUCUUUUAAUUUGUGAAGAACAGUCCAGGUUUCGAGGGCAGGUAGUGCAUUUAGACUUAUGGAGAGGGAGGGGGUUUGCCACCUGCUGUUCAUACAAGGUUAGAAUGACAAAGAGAGGAGGAGAGGGAGCUUUUCUGUAUGUUUUGGCUGAGUUCUGCUUGGAUACUGCAGCACCUCAGAGAUAGAUGUCUGUUACCAUGGAGACAGUCUAACUCUGGCCCUGCCAGCCGAACGGUCCCUGUCCUUGACUCCUCUCCUAGUGUUCUUCCAUCCCAAACGGGUGCACAUGUUUGUCCCAGCCCAGCACUAACAAACCUGAUGCAACUAAUCAAGGCCUUGAUGACUAGGCCUAUGACGUGCAGACGUUUGUCCAGCACUGCACCUUAUUCAGGUAAUGAUAAUACAUUUAGACCACAAUUGGCCCUGUACACCUGCCAGUAAAACUAUAUGUCACAUUGUUUAUGUGCCUGUGUGGUUCUGCUUAUGUGGAUGUGUGUGUGCAGGCCUGCUAUGUGGCAAUAUGGCAGCCGGCAGGAGAGAGGGACCUCAUGGAGGGGGGGUAGGGGGCUGAUGAUGAGUUGGCAACAGGCUUCGCUAGUGGGGUGUCUUUAACAGAUCGGCACCCCUUCUGUACCCCGUCCCAAAAAGCAGUGGCCCCCCAGCUGGGACACAGGGGCGUUUAGCUGGCUCACACAACACACUCCUUUAUGAGUGGCCUUCAUUAGAAAUGCUUAGAGCAGCGCAACAGGAGGAAGCGGCUCGCUCUGGAUCAAAGGGUCCUUUUGAUUCGCUCCCUCUUUUUUUGUGUUUGUGUGUGUGUAUGUGUGUUCCACAGAAAAACUAUCAACAUAUCCCUUCGCCUUUAAACUCUCCCCCAUUCAUUCCUUCCCUCUCUAUGUCUCUCUCUCCCUCUCUUUCUCUGCACUCCCCUCUCUGUUAUGACACCUAGAAACAACUGCUGUUUGCUCCUUGGUCAGAGAGGACAAGCUGAAAGGUUGAUCUAGUUAUCACAUAUGUAAGGGAUAAUCAAUGAGGGGCUAUGCGUUCUAUGGAAAAUAAUGAACGACGUGGAAGGUGUGUUCUACGACGCGUUAGCGGAGUGGAACUGACCUUCCACUGAGUUGCAUUCUUUUCCAGAGAACGCAUAGUGCUCCGACUUGAUUAUCCCUUUUAUACCAUGGCUAUAAUUUAACACAUUUGCCAGUAGAAAUGUGUUCAUUUGCCGGUAGAAAUGUGUUCAACAUCCACUGAAGUAGCUAGCAAGUUUACUAGAUAGCUACAGUAGUUGCCAUGGUAACCAAACAAAAAUACUUGCUAGUUUAACUAACCAAACCAUCAGUCCUAGCUUGCUAUUAUGAAAAUCGAAUUCAACAAUGCCAAUACUGUUUUCAAUUUGACAUUUGCUUUCAAAAGCAGCGCAAACAAAACAUGUACAAAUUAACUAUAGCCAUUGAAUUCUACCAUGUAAGAAUGCACUUCAAGUCAAUCAGAAAGGAGUAUUCAACAAUGCAUGGUAUAAUUAAGCAAUAAGGCCCGAGGGGGUGUGGUAUAUGGCCAAUAUACCAUGGCUAAGAGCUGUUCUUAUGCACAACGCAACCCUUAGCUGUCGUAUAUUCGCCAUAUACCACAAACCCCUGAAGUGCCUUAUUGCUAUUAUAAAAUGUAUAAACCAACGUAAUUAGAGCUGUAAAAAUAAAUGUUUUGUCAUACCCGUGGUAUACUGUCUGAUAUACAACGGCUGUAAGCCAAUCAGCAUUCAGGGCUCAGACCAGCCAGUUUAUAACUACAUUUAAACCUGCUAUCAAUUACACUCAAAACUGACCUGAGAUCUGUGUCCAGGGCCAACUUCAUUGUCCCAUACUGUAGAGAGGCAGAUGGUGGGUGGCUAUGCAUUGUUGAGCCACGUGGGGGUGUUCUCUAGUCUUUGGUCUCAGCACGAUCAGUAGCACCAACAGAAGCAACACUGCACUCUGCUGUCUGAAUAGUGUACCUCUGGAUAACAACAUCUGUCUGGCAUCUUCUCUCCACUCUCCUCUGUCUCCUCCAUCUGCCCUCUCACCCAUAUAUUUCCCCUCUACUACCUACCCUCUCUCUGUCCUCUCCCCUGUCACUCAUCUCCUUUCCCACUCUCUUUCUCUCUUUCCUUGUCUUCUUCAGAUCACAGGAGCGAUCCUCUUGGCAGUGGGAGUAUGGGGGAAGUUUAUGCUGGGCCCAUAUAUCUCUCUGAUAGCUGAGAACACCACCAAUGCUCCAUAUGUCCUCAUCGGCACUGGGACUGUCAUCAUCGUCUUCGGCCUGUUCGGAUGCUUCGCCACCUGCAGGGGAAGCCCAUGGAUGCUCAAACUAGUGAGUGAGAGGGAGAGGAGCGUGCAGACAGACACACACACUGGAGCUGUGAAUCUGCAGCUGGGGUUGUGAAGCAUUGUUUUGAUGCUGAUUAACCCCGAGCAGUUAGAGAAGCACAGUGAUAAUGAUCUACAUAACACAUACAGUACUUCACUCACUAGCCUGCCCCCACCACACCCAACCUCUGUGUGUGUAGCUUAUUUUUUAAAUAUUUGUUUUCCCACUUCUUUCUCCCCCCCUCUCUCUACCCAUCUCUCUCUUUCUCGUUCUCUCUCUACAGUAUGCAAUGUUCUUGUCCCUGGUGUUCCUAGCUGAGUUGGUGGCUGGGAUCUCUGGCUUUGUUUUUCGUCAUGAGGUCAGUUUCUCUAUUUGGAAUACAUUACCCACAAUUCAUCUGGCCCCAUCUCAGCCGCUUACCUGCCAAUAGAAAUACGUCACAUCACUUGUGUGUGUGUGUGUGUGUAUGUGCGUGUUUGUGCGAGUGUGUUUGCGUGUGUGUGUAUCCACAGAUAAAGGGCACCUUCCUGAGGACGUAUACUGACGCGGUGUUGAACUAUGAUGCUGAGGAUGAGAAGAGCCUGGUUGUGGACAACGUCCAAAGCAGCGUGAGUCACAACAACAACAAAACGACUAUUAUAACAACAAUACACAAUUCAAUCACAUUUCUGUCUGUGUGUUUCUCUCCAGCUGCAUUGCUGUGGGGUGUACAACUACACCAGCUGGUUGGGCAGUGUGUACUACCCUGCCAACGGCUUUCCCCUGAGCUGCUGCUCCAACUCCUCUGACUGCAGCCCACAGGACCUCCGCAACACCACUAUAAACCACACCAAGAUCAACCAGCAGGUGUGUGUGUGUGUGUGUGUGUGUGUGUGUGCAUGUGUGUGUGUAUGCGUGUCUGUAACCCAUCCACUGUGUUACACACUAACCCGUCCCCUGUGUUUCAGGGCUGUUACGAACUGGUCACCUCCUUCCUCGAGACCAACAUGGCCAUCAUUGCAGGAGUGACAUUUGGCAUAGCCUUCUCACAGGUGACAUAGAGAGAAUGUACUUGUGUGUUGAUAUGAGUGCUGUUUUUAAGGUCUACUAUAAUCUAAAGCUGUGUUUCCCAACUCCAAUCCUCCAGUACACCCAACAGUACACAUUUUUAUUGUAGCCCCGGACAAUACAAAUAUGUACUGCUGGGGGUACUCAAGGACUGGAGUUGGAAAACACUGAUCUAAAGUAAUCUCUCUCUCUCCUUCUCAGUUGAUUGGCAUGUUGCUGGCAUGCUGUCUGUCCAGGAUCAUUACAGCUAAUCAGUAUGAGAUGGUGUAGCUGGAAGAGCAGGUUAGUGACUAUUCUCUCACUCAAACACACACGCACACACACACACACGCACACACUAUACACACACACUAUAAACACAUCUAAGAGCCUGUGUGGUUGUUUGUUUUCAGGGAGAUGAAGAUGAGAGGGCGAACAGCAUCUUGGUAGACUGGGACAGAAGAUCCCCACAACACUAGCACACUGCAUCACUAAAUCUCUCUCUCUCUCUCUCUCU